GUGUUGACAUGCUUCAGCAGCACAACGCAGUUGUUCGUGCUGCAGUUUUAUCAGACAAACUCUUCACUCUUAUAUCGUGAAACCGCGCUCUAUAUGAAGUUGUUGUUUGAGAUGAAGAUGCGGUUUCGUCUACUGAAUUAAUUAACGCCGGAAGGUCAGAAAGAAUAUCGACGGGGAACGUUAUCGUUUCUGAACGACACUAACGUUACCGUACAGCAGUAGUGACGUAUAGAAAAGAUCAACAUUAACGGAUUUAUGGGUUUACAGAGUCAGAGAGAGUACAGAUUUCACUUUGUCAGAAUAUAAGUCUUAAAAUGGAUGAAUGUCCAGAUCUAUUGAAUGUGGAAAAAGGAGAAUUGGAGGAGAAAAGGGUCGUAGAUGGUAUUAAAACAGAGGAGGAGGAGGAGGAGGAAGAAGAAGAGGACGAGGAGGCAUUGCCACAUUCAGAAUUUCUCGACAUCUUUGAGGAAGGGCUUGCUCUGAUGGUGCAGGACCCUUUACUUUGUGACCUGCCCAUUCAGGUGACAUUGGAGGAGGUAAACUCUCAGGUGGCUCUGGAAUAUGGUCAAGCCAUGACUGUUCGAGUUUGUAAGGCCGAUGGAGAAGUCAUGCCUAUUGUGGUUGUGCAAUCUGCCACGGUGCUGGAUCUGAAGAAGGCCAUUCGUAGAUAUAUGGAGCUCAAACAACAGCGAGAGGGUGGUGUCAAACACAUCAGCUGGAAAUAUGUGUGGAGAACAUUUCACCUGGUCUUCAAUGGAGAAAAAUUAGACGAUGACAAUGGACAGCUUAAGGAUUAUGGAAUCAGAAACAGAGAUGAAGUGACGUUCUUGAAGACACUGAGGAAGAAAUGAGCAGGGACUCGUUUUGUUGAAGGAAUUUCUCGUCAAAACUGGAACAAUCUAUUAAAAUAAUCUAGAAGGUUGUCGUUUGUUCCCAGGGUAUAUUUUGUAAUAUUCAAAUCAACUUCCACCUUUGUUUUCUUUGAAAAGAUGCAAAUAUGUGAUAUGAAAGCAUAAAUCAUGUAACCCACACAAGCACUAAUGAAGUAUAUUAAACAUGAUAUUUGUGGAAUUUAAUGUUGAUUUUAUCUAUCAAAUAAUA